AGCGCCUGUGCGGCACGGACAGGUCUGAACGGCUAUUCAGAAGUGAGUUCACGCCAAAGACGUGCACGUGGCUUGGAGGCGCUGUUGGUCGGCUAGGAGGCUGGGCGGUGGCCUCUUUGUGACUGGUGGCGAGCAGCUGAGGUCAUGACACUCCGCACCGCUGCGGCGAUCGCCGUGGCCGCCCUGUGCGUGACCUCCGUAGCCGCGGUCGUGGGCGGGCUGGACCAGCGCAUCCGCUGCGGCUGCCGCGUGGUCGGCUUCGGCCACGUGCACAUAGACAUCGGCUGCGGCUACAGCAAGGCAAAUGCUUACUCGCACGGAAGAGAAGGGAGGAACAUUACCUGCAGGAAAGAGGAGACGGCGUUCAUCCCCCGCGGCUAUGAGCUGCUGGCCGGCGUGGGCGUGUACAAGGUGCACCGCGCGGCCGCCGACCAGGCUGCGGCGGCCUCCCGGUGCUGGUUGGAGGGCGGCCAGCUGACGGUGCCCGCAGACCCGGCGGAGGCGGACGCGCUGGCGGCGCUGCUGAGGCGCGCGCGCGUCGCCGCCGCCCUCACCGCCAUCACGGACCGCGGCAACGAGGGCCACUUCAUGUCCAACCUAGGAGGGUCUCUGGACGCGGCGCUGCGUGGCCGCUGGGAGGCGCGCCAGCCGGACAACGGCGGGCUGUCUCUGCGCCGCGAGGACUGCGUCACGCUGAGAAGCGGCGCGCUCUUCAACGACGUGCCGUGCGACCAGCCGCUGCCCUUCGUCUGCAUGCUGCCGCUCUACCCCGUGCCUCCAGCCGGCUACCAGUACAUACCAGGCCUGGGCUUCUACAAGCGAUACACAAAACCAGAGAAAUACGAGGAGGCGAAGCGUAUCUGCGAAGGGGACGGCGGGCUCCUCGCAGUACCGGACACGUUUGAGGAGGCCGAGGAGCUGCUCAAGCUGGCGGCUGGUGACAGUCGCUCCUCCUACGUCGGCAUCAGUGACAUCGAGAGAGAAGGAAGCUUCGUCACCGUCAUGGGCCAAUCGUUGGGUGAGUUGGCGUUUGACAACUGGGCUCCGGACGAGCCGAAUGACUUCCUGCACUUCCUGGGGGGCGAGGACUGCGUGGAGCUGAAAGCGUCUGGUCUGCUCAACGACAUCAACUGCGGCAUCGCGCUGCCGUUCUUCUGCGAGAGACCGUUGCCCUCCAGAGUGAGGUAGCCGCUCCCCUCCACCAGGAGCAAUACGCCACCGCAGAUGCUCUACAGUUCAGCAGCACCUCCUUCUAGGGAUUAGGUGCUAUACUCACCUGCUCCGGUCUCUAUCAUCUAUCCACCCCUUACGAGGUCUCUCCAGUUUCCUCUUUCUGUUCGGCCGAUAAUUUACGUAUUUUCUUUUAAUAAUCUAAUUCCUAUCAUUCUAUCGACACCAUCCUUCCAUUUCAUUAAGUUCUCUUCUAUCUUGUCAUUAACUGAAAAUUUUUUAAAUCUGAUUUUACUGACUCAUUCCUCUGUUGGUUAGUUGGUUACGUGUUCCAUGGAUCCUUUUGCACCAUAAUCAUAAAGACAUGGAGCGAGUCAUUAUAUUCGCAUCGCAAAUUAAUUUUUACAUAUGGUUGCAUUCUGAACAUUUCCAAGAUUUUAUUUCGAAAGCAAAAAAAUGUACAGAUGUUGUGAGUUAGUAAGACCGAGCCACCAUUUUUUACAACUUACAGUAAUAGAAAUUCUUCUGUGGAAUGCAAAGGGUUGUCAAGGAGAAACUUUCCCAGUUUGUUUCCUAAUUUUACUUUUCUGUCUGUCAGACAUUUUAUAUCACUGGGUAAGUGAUCAAAAAGUUUUGUUGCAGCAUUGUGCACCCCUUCUUAUGCUAAGACACCUUAAUGUGGAAUAAUGAUUGUCUUUUCUGCUUGUCGUACUGUAAUUCUGCACAUCAUUGUUCCUUUUGAACUGAAGUGGAUUGUUUACAACAAACUUCAUGAGGGAAUAAAUAUACUGUGAAGCAGCUGUCAGAAUGCCCAACUAUUUAAACAGAUGUCUACAAUACCAUCGAUGGUGAACACCACAUAAUAUUCUUACAGCGCGUUUUUGUGUAAUGAAAAAUUUUAUUCUUAAAGAUGAGUUAUCUGAGAACAUGACAUUACAUGAAUGUGCUUUUUCCAAUUUAAAUUCUAAUCAAAGUAGACAUCACAUAAUUUUGAAAUUUCCACCCUAUUUAUUAUUUUCUCGUCAUGUGUUGCAGUUGUCGUUGGUGUAGUACCCCUAGAUGUGAAGAAGUGAGUAUGUUGUGUAUUUUAUAAGCAGAGUGUGAGAUCUUCUCCUGAACGCCAAUCAAUGAUUCUUUUAAGAACUUUGCUUACUAUUUCUUCUGCUUCUGUAUUUAUGCUUAGUUUGGUUACAGCACUAGUGUCACCUGCAAAAAGAACUAAUUCUGCUUGUUGCUUACUAGACGGAAGAUCAUUUACAUAUAUGAAGAACAAUAGUGGAUCUAAGGUUGAGUCUUGGGAAACAUCAUACGUGAUUUCUUCUCAGUAAGAAUUAUGUCAUUCACAGACUAUAUUGGUUGAAUAACUAAGUGCAACUUUCUGCAUUCUUUUGGUUAGCUAUGUCAUUAUCUAUCCAUUGGCUGUUUACAUCAUCAGUCACAUAAAACUUCAACUCUUUUAUCCUUGCGCGAAGGUGCAAAAGGAUGUACUCCAAUAAAAUAUUUGCCCCAGAGACGGUGUCGUGAUUAUACAAUGCAGUGAAACCGAUUCACGCAACCUCACUGUCUCGUGUGCUAAUGACAUCAUCACUAAAACGAACAUUUUACUGGAGUUCCCAGUACAAUCUUCUGCAUUUCAGUACCUAUCAAAAUAUUUUAAACAUGGGUCUCCAUCCACUCGGUGAUUAGCUAGACAGAAUCAAGCAGUCGCAACUCCUCCAUAACUGAUAGCUACAUGAAGACACUCAAUAAGCUCCUGAUUCAGUCUCUGGAAUUAUAAUAACGCAGUGUUAAGGGCGAUGUUACAAAAAGAUUCGUCGGAUUUCGCAACAUUAUAUAUUUUGGAUGAAUGAAAAUAGAAUAUUAGGGAGUAUUUAAAUUUAAGCAAAGGAAUAAAACAAAUUUAUUGUACUUACAUAGUCAUAAAACCUUGUGGUGUUUUUUUCACUUAAAUUUAGAAUCAAAGAUUUGAUUUGCCUUUCACAACUGUUCAGUGUGCAAUCUGCUGUUCUCUCUUUUGCUCACCUCGAUCCUUAUAACUGCAACAACUUCUCCUGCUCCCUUCCUAAGUGGAAUUACCAAAAACGAAAUAGUCACCUAUGGUGUAGCAUCUUCAACACAAUCUUUAUCAAUUUUCUUUAUGAAAAAAAGACAGAAGGAACACUCUUUGUUCUAUUUUAACCCCAUUAUUUUACUGGUUUUAACUACAAAUAAGCUACGUCACUAUUUUUAAGAACACUGCAGAGCAGCAAUGUAGCUGCUGCCCGGCCCCUGUCUGCAUGUGGUGGUAAUGAAAUGUAUGCAAAGGAAAGAUCAGCCCUGUCACACCAGAAAUCCGCUACGUCGGCACAAGAGAAGAAACAAUACUAAGAGCCUGGAGCUAUAUCCGAGAACAGCCAUGAGUAAGAUUCUUGAAAAGAAGAAACAACAUAACACUGCCCAGUUCGCUGCGUAUGAUGCACAGCUGGUGAAGAAGAUCAUUGCUCUACUCCAGAGGAGUGCCCCAGAUAGUCAUAGAUUUGCAGUAUGACUUCUUGUUGCGUAAAUUUUAUUUGCUUGAGUGUAGAAACGUUGUACUUCAUCAUUAUGACGAGCUGUUAUACAACAUUGUUCUUAU